AUGCCUGCCAAAGAGGAGAAGCUAUUGGCUGACCGCCUAACGCAGCGGAAAGGUCUUCUAAAAAUAUUAGAUGCUCUAGAGCGGUUCAUUCGUGAGUUUGACCACGGUCGUGAUGCCUGUCAACUGUGUGUGCGAAUUGAAUCACUGGACAAGCUGAAUGUAAAUUUCAUGGACUGCCAGGACGUGAUAGAGAAGUUGGACAACUCGGAGAAUCUGGACACACACAUCAAUGAACGUGUAAAUUUCGAGCAGCGGUACUGCCAGGCAAAGGGCUUCCUACUUUCAAAGCGCACUGGAGGUAGUAAUCAUUCGACACUGAAUGAUUCGAUCUUAGCUUCACAACAACACCAACCAAGCUUUCACCUACGUCUACCCAAGAUCGACCUGCCUAAGUUCAACGGUGACUUCUCGCGUUGGAUUUCUUUCCGCGACACAUUUACGUCGAUGGUCCACGUAAACGGUGACAUUCCCACGGUCGCUAAACUUCAGUAUCUGCUCCAGUCUCUUGAAAGCAGUGCCAAGAAGCCAUUCGAAUCUGUGGACAUUCAGGCUGACAGCUACGCUACGACAUGGGACGCAUUGAUGAAGCGGUACGACAACCGCAAGUACCUGAAGAAGCAACUCUUUAAGGCUCUGUAUGAUUUACCAGCAGUUAAGCAGGAGUGUGCGACACGCAUCCAUGGGUUGGUUGACGAUUAUCAACGCCAUGUUCGUACUCUAGCCAAACUUGAUGAACCGGUAGAUCACUGGGACUUGCCAUUAUCCCAGCUUCUCUUGUAUAAACUGGAUCAUGCAACACUACGUGCGUGGGAGGAGAAAACUAGCCAAAAGGAAGAUGUAAAGUACGAUGAGAUGAUCGAAUUUCUGUACCAACGGGUUCGCAUUCUCAACUCCGUCGGACCAGACAAUCCACAUCUGCUCCGAGUUACCCGUGUCCGCUUUCAUGUUCGGACAAUCAUUCGCUACGAUCCUGUCCAGCGUUUCUUGGAAAGAACGUCGGUCAACGACGAGAGAUAG